AGGCCUCGUUGGGCCUGCUUCUGGAUUGUAGACAAUACGCAGUAACGAGCCCACCGGAUGUUGCUUCAGCCACUUUUGUUCCUACAGAAUUUUAUCUUUCCCUCUUGCCUGCCCCUCUUUCUUGUGUAGAUAGAUAGUCCUUUUCUGCUGUUUGUGUUUUGUUUGUUCUGUAUCUUAGGGCAAUUCUCUGUGGCUGUCAGCUAUUUCCAUAGCUUUUGACCUCCUCUCCCAGUCAGUUGGUCUGCCGUCUACUGUCUGCGUGGUUGUAAGCAGAAGCAGGCAAAGAGAAGUGUGGCCAGGCGUGAGCAAGCAUCGCGCCGCGAUACAAGAACAUGUAUGUUGUCUUGCCCGGAGAUGAGGUAUUGGCAGAAACACUAGAUGUGGAUUAUGAGAAAGGUGAAUAAUUCUUGAUUAAUCUAUAAUAUGUCGCGACUCUCUCCCUCCUGACUGGUUACUGCUGAUGUGUUGAAUUGUGCCUUUGCAGACACAUUAUUCUAUGACACUAACUAAUUAAGCCUCCACCGGGCCUUAGCUUGUUCCACACAAUCUACAUACUUACACAUACUCCACUCGCCUUCAUCAAUCCAUCCUCUUCCUUCUCUCCUCUCAUUUUCUUCUCACCAUGCCACCGAAAAAGAUGUCGCUGGAAUCCGCACUAGACGAAGAGCGGCGCGAGAUUCUGGAUAUCCUCGAGGGUCGCCUCCGUCGCUCCCCCCAACAACAGCCUUCUAGAGCUCGCCAUGCCAGCCCCACGCCUCCAAUCAGGAGCAUGCUGGAUGUUGCUCCCGACCCAGCUUUACAGAGGCAUAACUCCAUCGCGGGCCCCAGUGCGAGCGUUGGCGUCACGACCCCUUCCUCCAGCAGCCGAUCAGCGCCCCCAGUGCGCAGCUUGCUCGAUCCUAUCUCACCAUCUCCUCUCCGUUUGACCCACAGUGCCGAAUCGCGGCCUACUGAAUAUGACCCUGCCACAACUUCCCCAAUACUCCCCACAUCUCCCACAUCUCCCAAAUCUCCCAAAUCUCCCAAAUCUCCCAAAUCUCCCAAUUCUUCAAUAUCAUCAUCAACCCGCGAGGAGUCCCAUCCUCGUCGCUCGUCAGAACCCUCAGGCCACAGCGGUUCACUGCCCAGUCCAACCAGGAAGAAACAGGGCAUUGAGGAAUACCAAUUUGAAAUGCUGCCCAGUAUUCCAAACCAAGCCCUGCCGAAGCGGGUGGCGCAGGGCGGAAAGAAAUCUGCAACUCACACGAACAAUGCCGCACACACUAGCUCCAUGGUAGCUGUCAUGUCGGGGCAGGAAUUAGGCGGUCUACAUGGUUUCACAAGAGGGCGGGAUACAAUACGACACGGAGGCGCUGUAGGUGUCUCUGGGCGCCAUUCCAGGUCCCCUUCUGCACGGCUGGCGCGAUCACGCUCGCCAGGCACUGGCCUGCUAAAUACAAACUCGUUUAACCCAAUGCCCGUUCCAGGAACAUUUGUUACGGAUACGGGCAAAGUUAUUCAUCUAGAUCACGCAUAUCGCCAAUUGUCGAAUGCAGCACUGUCAAGGUCUAGUGGCACAUUAUCCCGGUUCCAGAAAUCUCCUACAAGUCGAGAGCGUGGGGAGGAUGCGGUUUCAGAAUCCGGAGAUAGUCGACUCCAGGAGGACUAUUACUCUGGUGACGAGGCGGUUAGUGGAGAUAAUAGUAGCGGUGAUGAGAACGAUAAUUCGAGCUCGGGCGAGGAAGAUUGGAGCGCUGAAAUACAACGCGGACGUCGACACGGUAGGAAGAAAUCUGAUUCGGAGGAGAAUGGCGUCAACAAGAGUGGUGGCCCGCAGCAAGUGCGGAGUCUUCUUGCUGCUGCUGACGAAGAACGUAAGAAGGUCUCAUCUACAUACAAGGUUAAAUCAUUACUCGAUCCAGUACCCGUGACCGCGAAAGCAGCUACAGAAAAACAUCUGCACAAAAAGACCGGCGUUGUCCACCCAACAACCAGCUUCGACUACGCAGGCUCAGGCGCAAACACCCCCGCUGGCUCAGACGACGAAGCACAGUACAGCGACUUCAAAAAAGCCCAGAACCUCAGCAUCUACAUGUCCCCCAUCGACCAGUCCGUUCCCAACCGUGUAAUUCGUACCAUCGUCCGCGGCGAGUUUACACGCGUGCAGGAAGAAGCGGAACAGAACGGCCGCAUGCGAUUACGCACGUACCUCGUCGCGACGGAUCUUAGCGACGAGUCCGUCUACGCGCUGGAAUGGACGAUUGGCACCAUCCUCCGCGAUGGCGACACGCUCUAUGCCGUCUAUGCUAUUGACGAAGAGACCGGGUCUGGGUCUGGCGCUGGAAAAGGUGAACCAGAUUCCUCGUCGUCGGUGCAGAUUGGCGAUGGGCUUAAGGCGAUGCUGGAUGCGGCUGCCGUUGUUGGAUCGCAGACGAAGAAGACGGCGGAAAAUUUGACAAAGGCGUCGCCGUUGCCUUCGGCGAAUACGUCGUCGACUCAGAUUAGUGGAGGGAGCGGGGGUGGUGGUGGAACUGACAGCAAACCCGGCUCUGCAGAUUCGCGGGCUGUGUCCAAAGACGAGGCGGAGAGGUUUCGAGCUAUCGAGGGGAUUUCGCAGACGGUUGUGCGGUUGUUGAGGAAGACGAAGUUACAGGUUCGGGUUGCUGUUGAAGUUAUUCAUUGUAAUAGUCCGAAGCAUCUGAUUACUGAAGCUAUUGAUGGAUUGGAACCUACACUGGUAAUUCUGGGAUCAAGAGGCCGCAGCGCGCUUAAAGGCGUCCUCCUCGGGUCCUUCUCAAAUUACCUCGUCACCAAAUCCUCCGUGCCCGUGAUGGUCGCGCGGAAGAAGUUGAAGAAACAUGCGAAAUUCAAGCCGGCGAAUGUACGCUUGCUGAAUAAUCUUACAACGCCGAAGAAGCUGGUGUAUGCGAAGAUUGAUUGAUUGAUAAUUUCUUUUCUUUUCUUUUCUUUUCUUUUCUUUUC